UCCUCACCUAAACAAAAACCCAAAAACAAAAAACAACCCUUGUAAAAGAAAAAACCUUUUAUGAGAAUUCAACAAUUAGAUUUAAUAUCCAACAAGUAGAAAAAUAAAUUUAUGAUGAUUUAGUAUCAUGAUUGAUGAUACCGCUUACCUCCAACAAUAAAAAGGAAAUCUAAGGAGAGUAAACUGAGUAAGAGAGUAACCCAAGACUAAGGAAAAAAAAGCAAACACACUUCCACCACAUUCACACUCUCCUCCUCUAAAACUCUCUCCUUUUCUGGUUUGUUGUAAUCUGGUGACUAGAGUGUGCAACCUGGCAACAAUGCACUGUUUCUCUUCUAUCUUUUCAAUUACUUCUCCUCCUUCUCUCCAACAACAACAAUAACACCACCACCAUUUUUCUCAUUCAUUUCAUCUUUCUCUUAGAUCUGGUGUUUUUCUUUUUUUUCUGGGUAAUCCAGAAAAAACUACAUAAAAAUAUUGUAAAAUUAAAUUUUUAUAUAAAAAGAUAAAUCUGGGUUUUGAGAGAAAUGAAAGCUUCUCAAAAAGAAACAGAGAAGCUGAUUUGGGAUCAGAUGAGAAGCCCAUCCUCCGUAGGAUCUCCUCACCAAAACAAAGGCCUCUUCCCUAAACUCCUCCUCUGGCUUAUCCUAUCUGUCUCCGUCACUUACCUCGUCUACACUCUCAAACUCGUCUCCAAUCCCCACUCUUGCCACGUCGACACCGACAACCCCUUCCACACCCACCUCCGCCUCCCCCUCUCCAACUCCACCACAAUCCCAUCCGGGCCCAAGCUCGGGCCCGAACCCAAGCCCAACCCCAAGCCCAACCCCAAGCCCGACCCCAAACCCAAGCCCGACGAAGGGCCCGGGCCGACGAACAUAUCGCACAUAGUGUUCGGCAUUGGAGGGUCAGCGAGUCUGUGGGAGGGGAGGAAAAAGUACAUAAAAAUAUGGUAUAACAAAUCAGAAAUGAGAGGGAUUGUGUGGUUAGACGGUGACGUCAGCACAGGAGAAGAAGGAGAAGAAGAAGGAAAAGAAGAUAAGAAGAAGCUUCCAGAAGUUAGGAUAUCGGAAGACACAUCGAAGUUUAGGUAUACUAAUAAACAAGGACAUAGGUCGGCGAUUCGGAUCUCAAGGAUUGUUUCGGAGACAUUAAGGUUGGGUUUAAAAGAUGUGAGGUGGUUUGUAUUAGGAGAUGAUGAUACCGUCUUUGUUACUGAUAAUUUAGUGAGAGUAUUGAAUAAGUAUGAUCAUAGAGAGUAUUAUUAUAUAGGGAGUAAUUCUGAAUCACAUUUACAGAAUAUAUAUUUUUCUUAUGCAAUGGCGUAUGGUGGUGGUGGUUUUGCUAUUAGUUAUCCUUUAGCUGUUGCUUUAGCUAAGAUACAAGAUAGGUGUAUUCAAAGGUAUCCUGUUCUUUAUGGUAGUGAUGAUCGAAUGCAAGCUUGCAUGGCUGAACUUGGUGUUCCACUUACUAAAGAACUCGGUUUUCACCAGUAUGAUGUGUAUGGCAACUUGUUUGGACUGCUAGCUGCGCAUCCUGUAACGCCACUUGUCUCGCUGCAUCAUUUGGACGUGGUCGAACCCAUCUUCCCUAACAUGACUCAGGUUCAAGCCUUGCAACACCUUACGAUUCCAAUGAAAUUGGACUCUGCUGGGCUAAUGCAGCAGUCUGUAUGUUACCAUAAACCAAAGAAAUGGACCAUCUCCGUGUCAUGGGGUUUUGCAGUUCAAAUAAUACGGGGCGUCUUAUCUCCCCGUGAGAUGGAGAUGCCAACAAGGACGUUCUUGAAUUGGUAUAGGAGGGCCGACUACACAGCUUAUGCAUUCAACACACGUCCUGUGGCCCGAAACCCUUGCCAGAAGCCCUAUGUAUAUUACUUGUCCAAAGCUAAAUUCGAUAAGGAGAAGAAUCAGACAGUGAGCGAAUACUUGCUGCAUCGUGUGCAACACCCCCUGUGCCGGUGGAGGAUGACUGAGCCUUCAACAAUUGAUAGAGUGGUUGUCUACAAGAAACCGGAUCCACAAUUAUGGAGUAGGUCUCCAAGGAGGAAUUGUUGCAGAAUAUUGAAGUCGAGGACGAACGGGACCAUGGUAUUAGAUGUCGGUGUAUGUAAGAGAGGUGAGGUCAUUGAGGUAUAAAAACAUGUGAACAAAAGAAAAAAAAAAUUGUUAGAAGCAUUUUGUUAGUCUUAAUUAAAUAGUUCAUCUUCUGUUUUUUUCACUUUCUGCUGUAUUCAAUUCUUCUGUAGUUUCAUCUCCAAAAACAUUAUCAUCUUCAAAUCCUUGGAUCCCACUGACUACCCACUAUUAAAUACUAGGGUAUGGGUAUAUUGAAUGUAGAGAAGCUGUAGCUUAUAUCAUUUAUAAAUGGAAAUUUAUGUUAUUCUAA